CGCCAUCUCUCCGAAGUAGUGAGAGACUCGCCAUAGGGCAGUAGAAAGACAACAAAUAGCUGCCAGGUGCAAUGGCAGAAUUUUAUGAGUGACAUCAAGUCAACAUUGCUGCAGUGCAGGAGGAUGGUACAUUUAUGGUGUUGUUUAGGCGUACGUGGGAUUUUAUGAACCUAGUCACCCUUUAUUCAAACUCGGAAAUCGGCCCCGUCCUGUGGAAUGUCCCAUGCCGGAGGUGACGGCGGUGAACGAAACUGUGUCCUUGUCGCCGAUGGCUGAGCGCCUCUGACAUGCUGUCAGCGAGCUGUUGACAAAAUGUUGCCGCCGGGUACAGAAGUGGUGGCCCGCUACAACUUCAAUGGGAAGUCGACUGAGGACCUGUCUUUUACCAAAGGGGACAUCAUGACCAUCGUGUCAGAGACUCCGGAUUGCAACUGGUUCCGGGCACGGCAUAGUGAUGGGCGGGAGGGCCUGAUACCACUCAACUACAUCCUCCGAAGGGCAGAAGUCAAGCUCAAUUCUAUGCCAUGGUUCCACGGAAAGAUCAGCCGUGAGCGAGCAGAGCUGCUGCUCCAGCCUCGGGAAGAUGGGCUCUUCUUGGUGCGCGAGAGCACCAACUACCCCGGUGACUACACGCUGUGUGUUUGCUUCCGGUCCAAGGUGGAGCACUACCGUGUCAUCUACCGCAUGGGCAAGCUCACCAUUGAUGAGGAGGAGUACUUCGAAGGCCUACCACAGCUCAUCGAGCAUUAUGAGCAAGACGCAGAUGGGCUCUGCACACGUCUAUCACGCUCAGUGCCCAAGCAAGGUGGCGAGGUGGCAAUUGAUCACCGAGCCUUUGAGAUGGCCGGCUGGGCCAUCAAAAAGCAGGACUUACAAGUGAUCGAGAACAUUGGCAAAGGCGAGUUUGGAGAUGUCUUGCUAGCAACCUAUAAAGGCCAGAAAGUAGCAGUCAAGAAGAUCAAGGAGUCUGGCAAAAACAUGCUCAUCGCUGAGGCAUCACUUAUGACGUCCUUACGCCACCCAAACCUCGUCCAGCUUCUUGGCCUGGUCAUCGAGGAAAACUCUCUGCAAAUUGUCACCGAGUACAUGGCCAAGGGUUCCCUGGUGGACUACUUGCGUUCUCGGGGACGGCUCCAUGUCACACGAGUCGAUCAGAUCAACUUUGCCACUGACACAUGUGCGGGCAUGGCAUACCUGGAGUCCAAGCACGUGGUGCACCGAGACUUGGCUGCUCGGAAUGUGCUAAUCUCGGAUGACGGCGUGGCGAAGGUGUCUGAUUUCGGCCUCGCAAAAGACGAGAGUGACAACCUUGAGGGUGGCAAAUUUCCUAUCAAGUGGACUGCCCCCGAAGCCCUUAAAUGCAACAAAUUCUCGAACAAGUCAGACAUGUGGAGCUUUGGCAUCUUGCUGUGGGAGAUUUACUCCUUUGGCCGGGUGCCCUACCCGCGAAUUCCCCUGGCAGAUGUGGUGCGUCAUGUGAGCAAGGGCUACCGCAUGGAAUCGCCCGAGGGCUGUCCUAGUGAUGUGUAUGAGCUCAUGCGUGCUGCCUGGCAGGAGGAACCCCAGGAGAGACCCACCUUUGCACAGGUGCUGCGCAAGCUCCAGGGUUUGAAACUUGAAGCUCAACAUGCCAUCUGACAGCAUACCGCGAGUGAUGUCCCGGAGGCUACAGCUUCUUGCCCAGGAAACCGAGUGCACAACUGCCGUCCUCUAGUGGACAGGACCAGACUGCUGACAAGUGCUGCCCUCGUGCCAGUGAAAACUCUCGAACCGAUG